CCUAAAAUCGAUUAACAAAUUACAACACCAAAAUCCCAGAAAUUAAAUUAAAUUCUUUGUUCCACAUCUAAAACAACUAACAUUCUACAAAAAUAUUCAAAAAAUGCAACAUUGUUCAAUUGAUUGGUCGAAUCUUCCCCCAGAACUACUAUCAAAAAUUUCCAGUCACUUGAAAUCCAGAUAUGAUCACCUCAAAUUCCGGGCAGUUUGCAAACAAUGGCGAUCUUCUACCCCCUUUUCCGGUCACCUUUUGGAUACCAAAUUACCCCUUCAAAUCCCAUCUCACUCCGCCAUUUUCAAGCAAUCAAAUUCCCCAAUUUUGCUAGUAAGAACUGCCACUGUUCUCCUUCAACCUUUUGAUCAGACCUCAUCAAUGGCGAAUCCAUGGUUAAUCUCUGUUGAAGAGCUAAACCCAGGUAAGCUUCGACCCCGUUUUCCCCUCACUAAAACCACCAUUAAUGAUUUACCCUCAAGUUUCCCAGAAAAAUUGGAUUUGUUGAAUUGUCGGGUUUCGGUUUUGGGUCAAGGGCUUAAGCUCUGUUUUGAUUAUGGCGGUGAAAAGGUGUUUGAUUUUUAUGGGUUUCGUGGUUAUGCUAUUAAAGUGGUCUUACUCUCUGAUUGUGGUGCAAAGACUGUUAAUAACCAUCUUGAUGUUGUAUUUGCACUUACUAAUUUUGGGAAUUUGAUUCUUUUUGAACUAGAAAGUGGAGAAGUAAGGAGUAUAAGUUAUGGAUUAAGUGAUAAGUUUAAUUUUAGUGACAUUGUAAGUUUAAAGGGGCAGGUUUGUGCUAUUGAUGGAGGAGGAAUUGCUUAUCUUAUUGAUGGUUGUGGAGCAAGCGUGAAAAUGGUCACAUCUUGCACAUUCUCUAUGGUUUUUAAUUCGUUCAGUACUAAGCUUAAGCUUUUGGUUGAAUCGUUUGGGGAUCUGUAUAUGAUUCAUGGGUCGUGUGAUGAAUAUUUCGAGGUGUAUAAGCUUGAUUUUGAGCUGCGUGUGUGGGAUAAGGUUGAUAGUUUGGGAGACCAAAUACUAUUAGUGACCUUUGAUAAUUGCUUCUUUGUUGAUGCUGAAAGGUUGCCUGGGUUUCGAGGGAAUUGCAUUGUGUUCCCUAAGGACCGUUUCCAUGCCUAUAAUACUGAAUGGUAUUAUCCUGAUGAUAUAUUGCUUCAGAGAGAAAAUAGGCGCCCUGAGAUUGCUGUGGCCUAUUCGGAUGAGGGUAUCUUUAGGGAUAGUCUUUUAUUAUCUUACUCGGGCUUGUCGGUUUACUUUUGGCCACCUCUGUCUUGGGCUAGACCACGUUUGCUUUCUAAAGAUAGAAUCCUAGCUGGAUACAAGCAGGUCAAAGAAUGAGCCCCUUGUAGACUUCAAUAUGCUCCUUUCCCUUUGCUUGAGGCACAGAUCAUGACGAUUGUCCAUGGGAGGUAAUAAAGCAUACAUACUGUAUAUAGCUGCUUGGCCAAUAUGCAUUAAUCGGCGACUGGAAUUAUCCUUCUCCUAAGCUAAAAGCCUCUUUUUCAAGAUAGCCAUCCUAAAACACUAAAGCUUCUGCUCCAGCUACUAAUUCUUUGCUUCAGUUUUAUUAAAGUUGCACUUUAAGGAACAUAUGUCUAUCUUGCUUUAGUGUCUCAGGUCCUUAGUCCAACUCUGGUGGUUGUAAUUUCAAUGUCAGGGACCUUUGUUUGUACUAAGGUUCUGAGUUAGUAUAUAUGUCCUAUAACUGGCAUUUAGUACUUCUAACUAGUGAUCAUCUCUUUGUGGAAUAUUAAUGAUAACGAUAGAAGAUAUUACUUUAUUUUGCAUUUUGAGCUGCAGGCAAAAAGUACUUGCUACAUAGUAUAUACAGGUGUUACAGAAAUCUGCUGGCUCCUAUUUGUUUUGGUGUUUUUUUUGGGUGUUGUGAACUGACCUUUACGGCCUUAUGGGAUAUAUUUUAUGGUAUAAUCAGUUUACCAUUGCUUUAUUUUCUUUUGGUUGAAAUGAUUGUUCUUUAUUCGAGAUUAUUGUCCUGAUCAUUUGCAUAAUUUUUCCUUUCUAUACAUGAGCAAGUGAUAGUUUCACAUUUUGUGUUUUCCUUUCUAAUUUCGGAGUUUAUAUGUGAUGCUCAUUGCACACUUAAUACUUCUAUUUUUCGGGAGCUUGACAGUCAAUUAUAGUAUGGCAUAUUUAUUAAUCUGUCAUAUACAACUAUAUAUAUAACUAGGAUGUAUAUAUAUAGCUAAUUAGGAUGCUUCUUUUUGUUGUGUAAGUGCUCUUAGUACAUAGAUAAUUAGGAUGAAUUUAUAUAGAUAACUAGGAUGUAUAUAUAUGGAUAAUUAGGAUGCUUCUCUUCGCUGUGUAGGCUCUCUGAGUAGAUAAGGUAUAUCUUUGUUAGGUUCUUUGGCAUAUUUUAAGAGUCAGGAUCUACAAUCUCAGUAUAUCAGCCACACUAUGAGAUGCAUUAUAACUUUGUCAAACUAUCAGAAUGUUCAAGGUCAUUGGAUUGUUCAUGUUUUGGGAUAGAAUUAAUGAAAAUGUUUCUUAUGCUUCCAACGUAAUUUGGUUAAAAAAAGUUUAGUAGCUGACUAGCUGUUAAGAAUCAGGAUUUUGAAGCAUAUACAGAGUAUCACUGCCCUAAAUAAUGUACGGAGUAUCAGCUAUAUUUAUACUUCAAGAUGCAUCUUCAGUUUAUACUAAUGAAAGGACUAAAGGAGUAGUUUUUUUUGACACUUGUAGUUGCAGAAUAUGUUCACUACCGUACAAAACCUGUUGUUUAAUACACUUUGGUCUUGUUUCACCUUUUUGUGUAUAGAUCAUUAUAUUAAAGUGAUUUUAAAAAAAGAAAUUAAUAAUAGGAAAAACAUUGAAGCUUAGAAUGUGAACCUGGCUUUCUGUUUUACACUUGGCAUGAAAAAUCUGUCUACAUUAUUGUUAGGAUUCUGGCCAUUCUGCUAUGUUUUUAUAAGUAAUAACUGAUUGAACUUAUGAGUGUUGAUCUGUAAGGAUAUGUUCUAGACUUUGCAGGACAGCAAUGGUGUAUGGACGAAAUCGACUGACUAUUUUGCAAUAAGGUGUAUUUGCAUCUGGUAUUUUUGUCUGGUGGUCUGGAGUUGUUAUGAACAAGGUUUUUCUUUGUUAAGUUAAUUGGCUGAAGAAAAAGCAUCUCUCAGGAGUAUCUAGUAUCUAAAAGCUCAGUAUGUUUAGCUUGAUGCUUGUUUAUUCUGUCAAACGAUGAGAAUAUUUUCGUAUAUUGGAUUAUUGAUGUUUAAGGAUAGCAGUUUUUGUUCAAACUUUGUAGUUGCAGGAUUGGACGACCUCUGUUUAAGAAUAUUCAUGUUUAUUACUGAACUUGAUGACUAUUUUUUUUUACUUUGAAUGAUCAUUCUGUGUACUUUAUUCUAUAUGUUUAACUUUCAAGCAUAGGAUUUGGCUACUUUUCUUUAGUGGAAUUAGUUUGAAAUAUAUUUCUAGACCUCAGAGAAUUGUUCAUAUUCAUGAAUUCUAUAUUGGGUGGAAUGAGUAUGGUUUGGGUGAGACUGUCCCACGCUAAUUUAUUGUGAGACAUUCACAUCACGGAAAAAAGAUGUCUUGUAGUAAAUUGUUUAGAGACGGUCACAUAUUAGAGUUUACCAGGACCCCGUGAAUGUAGGAUAUGAAUAAUUAUUUGGAGUAUAGAUCUUACUGAAAGCUCAUUUGGAGUGUAAUGGUAGAUGAUGUUGAGUGUGAAAAUUAACAAAUAAUCCGUGUAAAGUUGUUUAGAUGACUAGAUGCCAUCAUACAUAUUAAAUUUUUAAUCAUCAAAAUGCUUAGCCUUAAAUUAUCUUCAUUUACUUUUUCUAUCAAUAGAGACAUGAUGGUCUAUAUUUCUGUCAAAAGUUGACAAACCGACAAAGUGAUUUAAUUACCUCUGUUGGCAUAGUUUGCACAUGCAUCACCACAUAACACGUUGGAAUUGAGAAUGACCCAGCACCUACCUUUAAAGUUCACACAAUCACAUCUAGACCGUUCAUUAACAAAAAAUUCUAAUGUUGCAUAAUUGUUUAGAGCAACUUGCACGUUAUUAGUUAGUUUAAUAAUUUAGAUUGAUACUUUCGUAAAGGAGUCCCAACCACCAUCCUCAAAUUGACAAAUACAACAAACUUCAGGUUUUGCUACUUAUUCAAGACCUCUAGAAACUUUCAAUCCCUAAGAUAUAUCUCAAAUCUCUGAUUGUAAUGGAUCGUGAAACAUGGUCUGCAUUGCCGCCGGAGCUGGUACUAUCUAUCGCAGAGCGGCUCGAAACAAGAACAGACAUUAUGCAGAUCCGGACAGUCUGUCAGACAUGGAGGAGUUCUGUCCCUUUAUCUAUGCUCUCCUCUAGAAACUUUCUGUCUCCUCUCUUUCCGUACAGAGGUAUGAGCCAUUCUUCAGUUUUAGUGGCAAAUUCUGUUUUUCUUCUGCAAUCAACUGUGGAUUGUAAGCACCAAUCGUUGUUGAUCUCCGUGGAGGAGCUUAACCCUGGUAAGCUCUAUGUCAGAGCACCCCUUUCUCGAGUUGUUACUAGAGUGCUGCCUAUUGGUUCCCCGAAUAGUUUUGGCUGGUCUGAUUUUCAGGAAUUAGGUAGAUUUUAUACUCUUAGAAGGGUGGAUAGGCCUGAAGAUAUGUUCUCUGAGAAGAGAUUAACUGAAUAUGAUAAUAAGGUGGUUUUGUUUGUGGAUCCAAAUUGUGAAACUUGUCCAACCAUUGAUGAUUGUACUGUCAUAGAGUUGUAUGAUCAAGUAGAUUAUUUAUCUGUUACAAGGCUUAAAGAUGGUGAAACACAGCAAGUAUAUUUCAAGGGGAGGGAAUUUGAUGAUUUGGUGAGUUUUAGUGGAAGGGUUUAUGCAGUUGAUUAUGAAGGUAGAGUCUGUUCAAUGGAUUAUCAAUCGUUAAAGAUGUCAAGUGUUAGUGAAGGUCCAGUUCCUGGUGGAUCUAGAAGCAAUUACAAGAAACGUUUUGCUGUAUCAUCUGGAGAACUCUAUUUAAUUUUAAGACGGAGUCAGAUUGGUGAUCAUGAGGCAGCCUUUAAGGUUUUCAAGUUGAAUCAGGAGAAGCAGAAAUGGGAUAGCAUUGAAGGUAUAGGUGAUGACAGGAUACUGUUUGUGACCUUUGAUGGGUGUUUCUUUGCCUUGGCUAAGGAUUUUCCAGGAUGGAAAGGAAAUUGCAUUGUAUUCCGUAGAGGCAGUUUCCCUGAGUAUUCUGGUAUAAGAGAUUUUGAUUCUAAAAUCUUUCAGACAUGGAAGCUCCAUCUUGAUGUUGCUGUUUUUAACUUCGGAGAUGGUGAUUGUAGGCCUUUAGAAACUUAUCCAGGAUAUUCCUCUGUAUUCUGGUCACAUCUGCCAUGGUGUCAAGCAGAUAAUUGUUUGUGCAACAGAGGGUUGAGAAUACCCUCAACUUAUAUAAAACAGCUCUAAAAAAUAUAGCUACUAUAUGCUUAAGCUUAAUAGCUGUCUUUUUCUAGAUCAGAAGAACAGAGUUCAUGUACUAUGCUGACUCUACGAAGGCUUGUUCAGCGGUAAAUUCUUAUUCAGAGGUGAUUCUGAAGAAGCAGAAGAGGAAGAAGGCAAUUGAGAAGUAGGCAAACAUUGUAUGCCAUCUGCUACAUAUUUCAUUAUAAAUUGUGUGCCAGGACUGCCAUUAGAUAUAUAUUCCGGUAUUUUCCCAUGAGCAGAAUGUUUCUGCUCAUUUUUAAGGAGACAUGGCAUAUACUUUCUUUCUACUUACUGUAAUUAUGCUGAAAUUUUUAUCUGCUUUAAGAAAUCUGUAUGGCAGCUUAUAACUCCUAAAGAUGCAUAAUUACUUUAUACUAUAAAUGUGUGAGAGAUUUUGUUUGUGUUCUACCUUUUUUUUAUAUAGUUUAGAAAACAAGCUUAUUGUUAGAUUAUUGAUGUUUAGGAUAGCAAUUUUGAUUCUACAUCUCCAGUUCCAAAAACAUGAUCUGUCAGAAAGCAAGUCCUUUCUCUUAUCAGAUUUAGUUCAAAUUAGUGACAUUACUAGUUUCUAUUAACCCUAUUUAGAAAGAGGAAGUAGUUAUUUGGAAUAGAUAAUCUGCUGGGUUUGUUCUUCCUGUGAUUUUGACUAGUUUAGUUCUAAAAUUCAAGUUUUAAGUGUAGAAUACAGAUCUGUGCAGGAUUCUGUAAUGUAAUGGUCUGUAUAGUAGUCAUAAGCUGGAUCAAAGUUGUGACAGAUGACUUAUUAUCAGAGGAUCUUGAAAUUUUGAUCAAAGUUUUGACAGAUGAGUUAAUACAGAGGAUCUUGCAUUGUUUUUGUGUCAUCUAUUCAAGCAAAGCUGUUGAAGACCUGUCAGUUGCUCAUCCCAUUCCUUCAUUUUACUUCACUUCGUUAAUUCUCAUUAACUGGCAGUAGCUCAUUUUUUAUAUCAAACGAUUUGGAAAGUUGAAGUCCCUUACUUAUCUUUUACUCUGUUUCGAUUCUCAGCAAGCUCCACCAAAGGCUGUAGAUUUCAGCCGUCCAUUCUGCUGGAAAACUGCCGACUAAACUGCUCCAUAAUUUGACCCUUAGAUGCCGGGAAUGACAGGAAAUACUCUGCUACCAUCCAAACACUGAUUUUAAUUGCUGGAAAUUGCAGAAACAGCUCACAAAUUUUCACAUUUUUUGUGCUCUAAUAUUAUCUGUUCUCUGUGUGUGUAUGCUGCUGGAGUUUUCACUUGCGCCUUUGUUGGGGACCGGUGCUCUGCCUAUCGGCCCUUUUGAUCUGUCGUUACUGCCACUGCGCUGUGUAGCUGGUGCUGUUCCUUUGAUUCUCUGAUAUAUUUCCUCUUUGUAUCAGAGGAACCCGAAGUCAAAGUUUAGACUUUGUUAAGGUACUGUUUAUGUUUCAGCCCAAUGGGCAAUGCUUCUCCUUACUGUUUUAUUAUCUACCAGGGCCCAAACGAAGAUCAGAUAUGCUAAAUGUUUUUUUAUGUACUCAUCGAUUUUUAGUAAGUGUUUCAGUUUGACUUUUUGCAAUAUUUACUAAUGUUGUUACGAUCGGCUCAAUGUUUAAUUUGUAAAUGUUUGCUUUUUAUAAAUUGUAAUUAUGAAUAACUAAAUGUUUUAUUAGUCUAAGUUUCGCAUUGACAUACAAUCUCGUUGAGACUCUUGAAAAAACGAAGAGAAUUUACUAGUAGAUUAGAGUAUUACUUGAGGCCUUAUUUUUUAAUUCAUCAUUCUAUGAUAAAAAUUUUCUAGGUAAAUUGUAUUCUAUUCAUAUGAUCAUCUUGUUUGAAGACUUGAAGUUUCAUUCUGCUUCCAGUUCUGAGUUGAGUAUGAUAAAUUAUUGCAAUUGUCUAAAAACAUUAUCUUCUUUAUCAGCAUUUUUUUUGGGUUUUAUUAACUUGAUACUGGUUAAAAAAAAAUAUACAUAUUGUUAUUAUUGUGCUAGGGUCUAGGGUUAACUUUGGUAACCAGAAUCUGGCUAUUGCUGACCAAUUCCCAAUGCUAGAUUUGCGGAAUUAUUACAUUAUACAAUUCAUAAACGUUAAUAAAUUACUAAUAAAAAAUUCAUAAACCCUGAAUCAAUCCUACUACUCAAAAUAAACCCUAUUAAUCAAACAAUUCAUAAACCCUGAAUCAGCCAUCUAAUUUAAGAAACAAAUAGAGUAAGUGAUUAAAGAAUAUUUUUCAUCCUUUUUGAUGGCUGGUUUUUUGCCUUGACCUAGGAUUUUCCUGGAUGGAAAGGCAAUUGCAUUGUGUUUUUCAAUUUGAGGGUGGCGGUGACUGUAGGCCUAUAGCCUCUUACUCAGGCCAUUCUGAUGUGGUAUGGCUCGCUACCUCCAUCGUGGCUCUGGACCGGCCGGUACGCGAUUGUUUACAAGGAGAAAUGAGGAAUAUUAAAAUGAUGAUGAUAGAGGAGAAGAAGAUGAUCUGGUUAUGAACCCUACCAUGGGCCGUUCUUGAUUGAUUAAUCAAUUGUUGUGUGAUGGAAUAUGUACUUUGCAAAGAUAUUUGUUCAAGCUAAGGGUUUUUAAUCAAGUUCAAUCAGUCUGUCUAAACAUCUUAAACAAGUAAGGUUGUAGCUUAAGAGUACGAUGUAAAGAUGUUGCUAGAUUGGAUCUCAAAGGAGAAAUUCCUAAUCAAUCAAUACCAUGCCAAAAAAAUGUAUCACCACCAUUAAAUUGAUUCAAAUCUUGAUGAAAAAUAUGUAUGUCAAAUUCCAAAUUGAUAUUAGUGAAUGGAUCCUAUGAUAUUCUAUGUGCACAAACCAUAUACAUCUUUCAUAUUAGUAUUGAUUAAUCAUCUAUAUUAUUGAAUUAUGCUUUACUCAUUUCUCAAUAGAUGCAUCGUUUUGAUUAUUUACCGUAUUUAUAUAUUAAUUUUGACAAUCAAUGUCCCAUGAUACAUUAGUAUAAGUUGUAUACAAAUGAUAUUUUGACACGAUAGACAAUUAUCUUUACAUAAUUUCUGAUGCAUGGUUAAAAUCAAUGUUUAUGUUGUCUAAAAUUUAGAAAUGAUGCAUCUAUUAAGUAACGGAGAAAGUAUUGCAAGGAUAUGUUUUCCCAUUUUGCCUUUGGAUAUGAUUGACACGCGUCUCUUAGAGAUUUGCGCACACCUCAUAUAAAAGCUCCCUUAGGAUCCCUAAUUCACUCAUCUCUUCAUAAACCUAAAAAUUUGCAGCAUUGCGGCGAUUAUUGUCCUAAUCCUGCAAUGAAUCCGGUGAUGAAAAAAUCCUUCCUUGAUCGCCAUAUCUCCUGGUCUGAAUUACCAAAGGAGCUCCUAUCUUUGAUCGCAAAACGCUUCAACACUCGUGAUGACAUCCACAAAUUCCGAAGUAUCUGCAAAACAUGGCAAGCAUCAGCACCUCUGUCUCUGAUCACAAUGAAUAGCAUCUUAUCCCAAAUUUUACCCAUCCAAUUCCCUGCUGACCCUGAAUUGUCGUCUACUCCCAGAGUUCUGAUGGCAAGUUCAGUUUUCCUGCUGCGAUCAGCCACCAAUCCUGAACUACCGCCAUACUUACUGUCAGUUGAGGAGUUUACUCCAGGUAAACUUACCGUCAGAUUUCCUCUUUCUGAUAAUGUUAAUGAUAUUCUGCCUAGAGGUUUUCCAAAAGCAUUAGAUAUAUCUCAAUUUAUUGUAUCGGAAUUGGGUACAUUCGUUACAAUGAAUUUAAUUGAUAGCGAAUCAUUUGUGCGAACAAAGAAUGGGAGGCGUCCCACCAACAAUAAGGCUAUACUGUUUAUGGAUCCUUAUUACGAAACCCCCCUUUCGAUCAAUGACUGUUCUGUUGUUGAGAUGUCAAAUUCAAUUACUCUAUAUGUAACAAGACUUGGGACAAUGGAAACACACAAGGUUACAUUCAAGGGGAGGAAGAUCGAGGAUAUAGUGAGCUAUAAGGGUAGGAUCUAUGCUAUGGAUCGUACUGGUAAGGUUUGCUACAUGGAUUAUCACUCUUUGAAGACGAUAAGUGUUGCAGAAGACUCGGUGUGUGCUGGUGCAGGACCAGAGGGCAGGAAAUAUUUAGCUGCAGCAACUGAUGGACUGUUUUUAGUCUAUCGUUGGUGGAGGAAGAAUAGGCCAGGCUUUAAGGUCUUUAAGCUGAACGAAGACGAAGAGAGGUGGGAUUAUCAUCAAGGUAUAGGUGAUGAUAGAAUCCUGUUUGUCAAUUGGAGUGGAUGUUUCUUUGCCUCGCCUAAGGAUUUCCCUGGAUGGAGAGGCAACAGCAUUGUAUUCCCUGGAGAUAGCUUUCGCCCGUAUUCUGGUCAGUCCCCUGAUCAUAAGAUCUUCAAGACACAGAACUAUAGCCGCCGUCAUGAUGUUGCUGUUUAUCACUUCGACAGUGGUGAAUGUUUCCUUGCAUCAUCUAACCCGGUCUAUUUCGACGUUGUGAGGCCACUUCCAGCAUGGCUCUGGGCCGUUGCAGGAAAUGAAGACGAGGGAGUACCAUACUUUAUCAAGCAAGAAGUUGUUGAUGAGAAUGAGUUUGUUUAAGAAGGGUUCAAUUAUCAGAACUAUUUUUCUCAAUCCGACGAUUCAGCUCAAGCCGGGAACUGAGGAAGCAGGAUGACCUUGUUCGUUUUCAACUUAAUCCGCGCAGUGGUAAAAUUUACCAUCUUUUUACUAAUCGCGAUUAUGCGGACUUGUUAAAGUGUUUUCUAGAUUCUUGUAGGCUUUGAAGCUGCUUCAUAAGUUUAAGUUUACUGCUUAAAACUUAGCCUUUGGAUGAGAAGGUUUAUGUGUUUGGUUUUCAACUUAUUUGAAUUGUUGGGAUUUAUUUUGAUGAUGGAUGA